GGUGGUGUAGCCAGGCACUGCCUUUCCUAGUCCUCCACCCCGCCCCUUCCUCCUCAAGGAGGAGUCUAGUAACUGUCCUGGAUUGGAGGUUUUUGGAAAACUGAUCCCACUCUCCUCCUCCUGGUUGGCCUCGGGCCGUUAAUGAGCUGCUACUUAGGACCUCAAGAAUUUGGGGGGGGGGGCUUUCAGCAAAUGCAGAUUUUGCUCAAGUAGAGACCCCUUUCCGGCACCUACCACCGCGGUUGAAGUUCCCGGUGCAGAACACACAGGCUGUGGUAAAAAUUAGCUCUAAAGGGAUUUUUAUCCCUCCGGUUUCCAUCUUGGCCUCUGUCGGAGGGUAACCCUGCUUCUCCCACUCAACUUCUGCUUUGGGGCGGGGACUAACCAGAUCAUUCCUCCCGGCCCUGGUCCUGGGAUAUCCUACCCACGCUCAGCACUUUGCCGUGAAAUGCACACAGGCGGCCGAGACUAUGGGGGACAGGCUGGAAGCCUGGGACCGGUCGGGAACAUCUGCAAACGCCGGAGAAGAGGUGCCUGGUCCCCGCGCCUAUGCGCGCCGCUGGGUCUUUCUGCUGGCGGUCAGCCUUCUCAGCUGCUCCAACGCGACGCUAUGGCUCAGCUUUGCACCUGUAGCAGACACCAUCGCACAGCACUUCUUACUGUCCAUGGAGCAGAUCAACUGGCUGUCACUAGUCUACCUUGUGGUAUCCAUCCCAUUUGGCAUGGCAGCCAUCUGGGUUCUGGACUCUGUUGGGCUCCGUGAAGCGACUAUCCUGGGUGCAUGGUUGAAUUUUGCUGGGAGUUUGCUACGUGCUGUGCCCUGCUUGGAUGUCAGGAUCCCCAAUCCAUUUGCCUUCUUCAUGAGUGGCCAGAGCCUCUGUGCCUUGGCCCAGACCCUGGUCAUCUCUUCUCCAGCCAAGCUGGCUGCCUUAUGGUUCCCAGAGCACCAGAGAGCCACAGCUAACAUGAUCGGCACUAUGUCUAAUCCUUUGGGCAUCCUUGUGGCAAAUGUGCUAUCUCCUGCCCUAGUCAAGAAGGCAGAAGACAUCCCCAUGAUGCUUGGUAUCUACAUUAUCCCUGCUGCCCUUGCCUGUCUCUUGGCCACUGCCUGCCUCUGGGAGAGUGUGCCUCCUAGCCCUCCAUCUACAGGGGCUGCCAGUUCUACUUCAGAGAGUUUCCUCCAUGGCCUCAAACUGCUCAUCCAGAAUAAGGCCUAUGUCAUCCUGGCCAUAUGCUUCGGUGGUGGCAUUGGUAUCUUCUCCAGCUUCUCCGCCCUCCUGGAACAGAUCCUUUGUGCCAAUGGCUACUCCAAUGAGUUCUCAGGCCUCUGUGGGGCUCUCUUCAUCGUGUUUGGGAUUUUGGGGGCCCUGCUUCUAGGCCUGUAUGUGGAUCGGACCAAGCACUUCACUGAAGCCACCAAGAUAGGCCUCUGUCUGACUUCCAUGACCUUCGUGGCCUUUGCUCUGGUGUCCCAGCUGCAGGGACAGACCUUUGCAUUGGCUGCCAUCUGCUCCCUCCUGGGGCUCUUUGGCUUCUCAGUGGCACCCGUGGUCAUGGAGUUGGCAGUUGAAUGCUCGUUUCCUGUGGGUGAAGGUGCCUCUUCUGGCUUGAUUUUUGUCCUGGGGCAGGCCGAGGGUGUGGUCAUCAUGCUGCUGCUGACGGCGCUGACCAUGCGGAGAACGGGCCCAUCCUUUUCUACCUGUCGGCAGGGCGAGGAGCCUCUAGACUGGACAGUGUCUCUGCUGCUGCUGGCUGGUCUGUGCACCCUUUUCACCUGUGUCCUGGUGCUCUUCUUCAACACCCCAUAUCGGCGCCUGGAGGCCGAGUCUGGAGGACUCCCUUCGUCCAGGAUAUGUGCCAGCGAGCCAAGGAUAGUAGGCUCCACCCAAGUGACACCCCUUGAGACUUCUGGCUUAACACCUCCAUCUGGGGCCUUGCAGGAAGCUCCUUGUCCUGCCUCUCUUUCCAAAGGACACUCAGAAUGAGCAGAGACAUCUGGCAAAGCAGAGACUUGCUAGGGUCUCUUUGUUUGUGCCUGUCACGCUAAAAACUCUAACAGGAGCACAAAGUUUUUAGCACACCUAGGGUAUAAUAGGAUUGCCUUUUGGUCCUUAGGUAGACAAUGAUAAAUUGAAAAUAACUGCUGUUGUGUGGAUACUGGUCAGUUUGGGUAGACCCUGGCCAAGCCAGAUUUGUGGAGGCUGUUGCAGGGAGUGUCUAUUCAGGGGCCGUAGUGAGUAGAAGAUUUCUGGUAAGAAAUUGAGGGAGUUCUGGAGACCAUGGCAUGGCCAGUCUGAGGUAGACAGGUGUAGGAAAACUUUUGUCUCAACUGUAUGACCAGACAUUUAGCCUGAUUCGAGGAUAGCACAGAGGAGGGUGAGCUGGUCUAAGAGUAGGGAGCAGAAGGAUCUCUGGUAGACACACCCCCUCUAAUGAACACUCACAGGCAAGUUUGUGUGUCCAACUUUAUUGAACUGGCUUCAGCUUGCAGCCUGAAGGAUGGAGAAGCUCAUGCUGCCUCUUGCAUGUGGGAGGACCUAUAGCUCAGCAUUUUGUAGUUGCCAGUCACACUGAAGGUAAACUCUAGCAUCUGAUUCAUCAAGUUGGUGGUGGUGGGAGAGACCAGGUUCCUGGGCUCCAGCCCAGACACAGUAAAUUUCAGGCACUUGA